AUGACAGACAAGGUCGACAAGGUGAUUUCGUCCGUCACCUUGGCGGGAAGUCUCUUGUCCUGUGUUGCGACUACAUGUGUUCUGGCGUCUUUUGCCAUAUAUCGUCGACAUCUUAGCAAUUUCCGCCAUGUUCUUGUUUUGAAUCUGAUGCUGGCUGAAUUUAUCAACACGUUGAAUAAUUCAGUGUCGGGCAUCAUCUUUCUAAACACAGGCCAACUGCACCCUGGAGCAGCAUGUGUUGCCAAUGGAUUCAUCGGACAGCUUUCAGUAUCAGCAGCUGACUUUUCAGUCCUCGCUAUUUCAGUGACUACACUUCUCACCGUCACACGCUAUAUGUACAUACCAAGCACAUCAACAGCUCGGAAGGCCUUUAUCUGUGUCGCAGUAUGGACCAUGCCGCUCAUCACAAGCCUUAUACCGACCAUUGCGGGUGAGAUGAAGCCAGUUGGUGGGAACUGGUGCUGGAUAUCAGCCACUCGACCUGAUUUACGAUACGGAAUGACCCACGGCUGGCGAUUCUUUGUCAUUUUCAGUACUAUAAUCAUCUACAUAUACAUAUGGAUUUAUCUACGAAAGCACUUGGGAACGAAGAGCAGAUCUUCAGGAAGAACGCUUUCCUUCUCGACACGCAACACCAAUACUAUGUUUUCCAAGGGUUCCAAGGAUACGGGGUUUCGAGUUAUGAAAGAGGAUGAAGUCGAACUUGAUACUUUUAGGACGAGACGUGGAGAGGUUGAUGCACUUAGCUCACCCACUAUCUUCGAGCAGGGACUUGACUGGGAUAGGCGACGGGAAAAGAGGGAUGAGAUUGAGGAUAUGGGAGUAAGAGAAGGUGAGAAUGAAGUGGACAUAAGAACAAUGGGAGGGCGAAUUCACCAUCAACCAUCAUCAUCCAGACGCUCAGAAGUCAAAUACUCAGCAGUUACUAACCCGAACCCCCAAGCACCACCGCAGGCCCAACAGAACAUGCUCCAAACAAACGCAAGCGAAUUCCCCCAACGCCGAGCCACGGGAGACGUCGAAGUCGAGAUCAAGAGAAUGAUGCUUCUCAACGGAUACCCAUUCAUGUACGUCCUCCUCUGGACGCCAGGGCUUGUAAACCGACUCCUCGAAGCCCUCGGGACGCCUGUUUCAGAAACGACCAUCGCUGCGCUGAAUAUGUCGACGCAGUUUAUCGGCUUUGCGAAUGCGGCGACGUAUGGGUUCAAUCAUCAUUUGAGGGAUCGGUUGGGUGCGCUUGUUUGGACCCCGGCGGUUAUGAGGAUGAGGAGAAGAUUUGGACGAUAA